AUGCCGAAUCCCAAGACGUAUGGAGCUCGUGGAUCGUGGAAGCGCGACUUCCAGCUGUGCAAGACAGUGUUUGUGGCUGCCAUCAGCCAGAUACUAUAUGCUCGACGCGCUUUCCCACCGAACUUCUUCCAUGUCUUACCCCUGAGUGACAUUGUCUCAAAGACGUUUGAAGAAGCCAUGGCCUCAAGAUCAGGCAUACCGACUUUCGACGGAGAAAUCUUGAGGGAACAAUCGACCACCGUAUUCCUGCACCAGGACGUCGACUACUCUCUCACUCGCUUCUUGGACAUCCUGACUAACGACAUAUUUCCCGUACUCGAAACCGAACAUUUGGUCAAAUUCCGUAUCAGCUUCUUGAGAUCAACAACUUGGGAUGAAGACUGCUUGAUCGAGUUCUACACUUUGGUGUUCAGGUACCCCCCUGAUGGAAAAUGUGGAAUCGAUAUCUGGAGAGCAGGCGUCGGGGAGUAUCACAUAUCCGACAGCAACUUCAAGCUCUGGAAUCUGGGUGACUAUCUGAGCCGGCUUCCCUCUCUCGAUGGACCUCUGUAUUGGGCUAUGGCCUUCCACGCAAACGAACUCCCAGAUAUUCCCACCAUUGGUGUCUGGAAAUUCAACCGUACCGAGUUCGACGAGGCAAAUCUCAAGCUUCAGCAGAAAGAGGGAUACCGCUAUGACCUGAUCGCCAAGCUGGAGAUAGAACCACUUCGACCAGAUGCUCAACUAAUCGAGAGCGUACCUGUCGCUCCUGUCAGUCAGAGCACUAACAACCAUAAGCCGGCUUCACCCUCUCCGCAACUUGACACUACACCCCAGGAGCUUGAAGCCCCAAAGCCCAAGAAACAGGCAAACACCAAACGCAAAGCGGUCCAAGAACCAUUGCGGGCCAUCAACACACGGCAGAGAACAUUGCGAGCCCAAGAAACAGAAAAGGUGAACCAGCCACCAAAAGCAAAAGAGACCAAAGAUGGACACAAAGCUUCCCCAGUUCAGAACCAAGGGUCACAAGGCAAAGCCACAGCAAAGGCUACUCAAAAGAAGGCAACCCGGCCAAGCGCAAAGAAGUCGAACGUGAAAGCGAAACAAGUGACAAAGACGGCACAAAAGCCAGCCUCAACACUGAAGCAGGCCCCAACCCCAAGACCUCCCAGCACUCAAAAGAGAAAGCCAAAGCGUCCCUUGCAAAUCUACGAAGACGUGACAUCCAAUCUGCCUGAAACCCAAGAGGUUGUACGCGAGAGUCAGACACAGCAAAGUCAACUGUCCCGAACGAGAAGCAGCAAGAGACUUGCAGCAAAUGACGGCGGUCCGGUAGGAGGCAAUGUCUCGAACACGAGGGCCAAAAGGGCGAAAGUCGCUGCUCCUUCUCCUCCUCCUCCCGCACGUAUGCCUUCCACACCGGACGCCCAAGCUGUGUCCGACUUCCUGGACAGCAUCGAUGAGAAUCAUCUUCUGGAUACUCCCCCGGAUGCGCAGCGAGGUCCUCCGUCCUUCACUGUUACACCCGCCUUCCUGCGACCAGAUCCGGCCCCAGAAGAAAUGGAGAACGCGACUCCCGGUGACGAACACAUCGGCGAUAGCUUGGUGGAUGACCCCAACAACAGAUAUCCGCCAACCGACAUGUCGUUUGAUUUCCAGCCGCUGCAGACGUCGCAGACAGAGAAGAUGUUUCCGGGGAUUCUUGACAGUGAGGAUGAGGACAGCCCGAUUGUGAGGCUCAUCAGCAGACGACAGAGUGGCCUCGCCUGAGGAUAUGGAGAACGAGCCUAGUCGUUUCCUGAUAGGUGGUACUGAUGAUGAGAAAGUAUAUAUCGCUAGAAAGCCUGUUGUGUUUCAGGCUUGCAUGAUCUCGAGGUAGGGGCUAUUGUGUAGAUGGGUCAAAACGAAGCUAAAAUGUGUUGUAGUUACUGGCGGUGUCUGCUAUCAGUCCGAAAUCUUGUACGUAUCUAACGGGCCCGAGAUUCCAAAGGGUAAGAAACGCAGAAUG